UCCGUGUUGUGUUGUUGCUGUCACAAGGCAGUCGCGGAUCUUCGGACACGAAGAUGAAGAACAAAGCUAGCAGCGCUCCAGUGAACGUGAGGAGACGUUUGUGGUCAUGGAAACAGUAUCUCAACCAGGAGAAUGCUGAAGCUGCUCCUCUGGCACUCUUUAUACAGUGCCAAUCAUUUCCUAGUAAGAAAAAUGGUUUCAAAGUUGGUAUGAAGCUGGAGGGAAUCGACCCGGUGCAUCCUUCCAUGUUCUGUGUGCUGACUGUUGCCGAGGUGAUUGGCCACCGGCUGCGUCUUCACAUCGACGGCUAUUCGGAAUGCUAUGACUUCUGGGUAAACGCCGACUCGGCUGAUAUCAAACCAGCAGGGUGGUGUCAAGACAACAAACACAGGCUCCACCCACCCAAAGGUUCCAGUGAGGCUGAUUUUGAUUGGCCGCAGUAUCUUCAGUCCACCGGAGCUCAGGCGGCACCCGCAGCCCUCUUCACCUGUCGCACGGAUUCAUGUGACUUCCGUGUUGGGAUGAAGUUGGAGGCGGUGGACAAAAAAAACCCAGGACUUGUUUGUGUCGCCUCCAUCGCUGAUGUCAUCGACGACCGCUUCCUGGUGCAUUUUGACAACUGGGACAACUCCUACGACUACUGGUGUGACAGCAGCAGUCCGUACAUUCACCAUGUUAGCUGGUGUCAAGAACACGCGCAACCUUUGACCGCGCCGCAGGAUCACCCGGACCCAGAGAACUUCACUUGGGAGGAAUACCUGCGAGAAACUGCAUCCAGCGCUGUUCCCAGAUCAGCUUUUACUACGAGAGGUCCACACGGCUUUCAGAUCAACCAAAGACUGGAGGCGGUCGAUAAGAGGAACCCAAUGUUGAUCCGUGUUGCCACGGUAACAGCAAAAGACGACUACAGAGUGAAGGUGCACUAUGACGGAUGGUCGCAUCACUUUGACGUAUGGUGUGACAUCGACUUGUGUGAUCUUCAUCCAGUCGGUUGGUGUCAACGCACAGGACACCCACUGGAACCACCUCCAGAGUGGUCUACCCCUUCUCAGGACGUGUGUCCCACAUCUGGUUGCAGAGGAGUGGGACACAUCAAAGGACCAAAAUACACAGGACACCACAGUGCCUUCGGAUGUCCCUACUCGGACAUCAACAUGCGCAAGGAGCUGGUGGUUCCUGACAGGCUUGGAGCUGUCACUAUGCACCACCAUGGCAACCAGUCAGAAGGCAGGGAGAGCAUUGAGGUGAAGACAGAGUGCAAAGACUUCCCGCUGUCUCCUCUGAUAAAAAGAAGACGAAUAAGUGACAGGAUACACCAGGCUCCAAAUUGUCUCUCAGUGAAACAGGAAGAGGAGGAGGGCACCGGUCCAGCAGCUCAAGAGUCCAGCCUGCAGGCUGUCCUUCACCAGUCCGUCUUCCUGUCAGCCGUGACGGCUCAGCCUGGCAGCGACCCGUCGCUCUGCUGGGAGCAACACCGCAAACUCCUGCCAGGAGUCACCGGGGUUCACGCCAAUGCUGUGCGGCACUGGAGCGUGCAGCAGGUGUCACAGUUUAUCGAGUCGCUGCCUGGUUGCGGAGACUUGGCCAAAAAAUUCAGCGAUGAGCAAAUAGAUGGGCGGUCUUUUCUCUUGCUCACCCAGCGAGACAUCGUCAGAAUCAUGUCGAUCAAACUGGGACCCGCUCUCAAAAUUUACAAUUCCAUCCUGAUGUUCAAACAUGCUGAAUGCAUGUCACAUGACAGGGACAAGAACCAAUCAGAUGACAAAAGACAAUCACGUGACCUGGAUAAGAAUACAUACCAUAAUGAGGAAACGAGCCAAUCAUUUGACAAGGACAAAAAACUGUCAAAUGAAAUAGACAACAAUCAAUCUUGUGACUUGGACAAUAAUCAAUCUUGUGACUUGGACAAUAACCAAUCAUGUGACGGGAACUAUAACCAAUUACAUGACAAGAACCAGUUAUGUAAUGAGGACAAGAUCCAAUUUUGUGACAAAGACGAAGACCAAUCACGUGGUGGAGACGAAAACCAACCGCGUGAUAUGCACAAGAAUGAACCACAUGACGGGGACAAGAACCAAUCACGCGACGAGGACAUUGACACUUGAAUGGUCAAGGCGCUCCUCAUGUAAUGUAUCUGUUUCCAUACUAUUGUCAAUCAAACUGAAACCUUUGAAGUAAUCUCAGGUGUUUAUAUAGCAUACAGAGCUGUAGUUGUUGUAUUUGGUAUUUGUGUUAUACAUAGAAGGAGAUAAUCCUACUUUCUAACACAACUUUUGUCUGCUUUUGCUGCUCCCCCAAAAACUCCAAAGAGACAUUCCCAUGUGUUAUUUAUCUUAUAUUAGCUUGAAAACUUAAAUGGUGAAAAUGCUGAAGAUUAUAGUGUAAAAUGUUAGCUUAGCUUGUUAGCUUGAACUGCUGUUUUUGAUUAUUGUCUUCAAGAAAAACUCCUGUUCGUAUGAGGUCAUCAGAGAUGAUAUUUAUAUUUUUGCUCUGUAUCAUAUUGUAAAGAGUCUAUUUUGCUUCUCCAGAGGUUUCUAUUUUCCUCCCAGGUACAUUUUUAUUAUUAUUUUUUCCUUGUGAUUUUCAUGUCAAUCAAACAACGGUGGCGGAGUUUGCUGCAUCCGAACCCACACGCUAACUACUCAAUAUUGUAAUCUUGUGUUUGGAGUGGGAUUGUAGAGUUAGCAUGGGAUGAGAUACGUUAGGCACUCAAGUCACUUUCCUCAGGUUGCUAUAGUAACAACAGACUACUAGUAAUAUUUAUAUUCAAAUUUGCUACACUUGCCAGUCUUUCAAUAAACCUUUGGAUCUGA